ACUUUCUUAUCCACGAAAAUCUCUCACAUGCUAAGAAACCCAAGAAGAAGAAAAAAUCAACCAGAAAAACAUAGGGAUAUUCACUAUAGGGAAAAGAAAAAAAAAACAAAGAUGUUACAGAGCCCAAAGUUCUUGCAGCCCUCAACUCAGUUCCUUCCUUCUCCAACACCAUCACCAUUGGCUAAUCCACAAGUCCAAGAAUUACCCACUUCCCAAUCUUAUCCUAAGCUUAAAAAAUGCUGCAAAUUAUCACGCCGGGAGCUCACAAUCCGUACCAAUUCUCUCUUGCUCUUCCUCUUGGGAUUUCAAAGUGGCGCAGAGCCAUUCCGAUUGUCUGAAGCAAAAGCUGAAGAAAACGAGAAAGAUACGAACCCUGCUUCCACUUGUGGUGAUAAGAGCUUAACAAAGAGAACAUUUCUAGAUAUAUCCAUUGAUGGAGAACCGGUGGGUCGAAUUGUAAUAGGGAUGUACGGAAACGACACUCCACUUGGAGCUACUAGAUUAGCUAACCUUGUUAGUGGUUCAGCUGGAAUCAGCUACAGAAGGAAGGAGUUUGUCAAAAUCAUGCCUGGUUAUGUUCAGCAUGGUGGGGUGAGAUCCUAUGGUGUUGACGCAGAGAUGGCUAACAGAACUGGAAGCAAUUUGGAGGCUGAAAAUCUUCUUGAUGAGUGGGAAAGAGCCAAGGAGAAAUGCCCCGGAACCAAAAACUUGGCUGGGACAGUGAGCCUUGUUGUCAGAGAUCCUUCGAGGCCACCUCCAAAACAGAAGUUGGUUGCAAGAGGAGGGAAGCUUGAGAUUGAUGAGGAGGAGGUCAAGGCUGCCCCGAAUGGGACGGAAUUUAUCAUCACCAUGAAGGACUCGCCGGAGCUCGAUGAUUCGGCUUUGGUGGUGGGGAAAGUCUUGGAAGGAAUGGAGGUCGUGGAGAAGAUUGGCAAGGUCAAGACUGUGCAGGAAAAUACCAGCUCUCCUUAUUUUAAGGUGGCCAAGCUAAUAGGUGACAAGAGAGCCGUUGUUGCAGAAAGAGGUUUCAAUCGUCCGUACUCGAAGGUGGUGGUGAAAAAUUGUGGCUUGCUGGAGUAGUACACAAUGCUAUUUGCAUCUUUUUUUGUUUAUUUCAGUUUUGUUCGAAGAGCAACACUAGUACAAUAAUCCACUUAUCUUGCUUUAAACAA